AUGCAGCCUAAUGCCCUAACAGGUGCCCUAACUAUGGAGCCUAAUGCCCUUACAGGUUCUCUAAUCAUGCUGCCUAAUGUCCUUACAGGUGCCCUAAUCAUGGAGCCUAAUGUCCUUACAGGUGCCCUAAUCAUGGAGCCUAAUACCAUUAAAGGUGCCCUAAUCUUGGAGCCUAAUGCCCUAACAGGUGCCCUAACUAUGGAGCCUAAUGCCCUAACAGGUGCCCUAACUAUGGAGCUUAAUGCCCUAACAGGUGCCCUAACUAUGGAGAUUAAUGUCCUAACUAUGCAGCCUAAUGCCCUAACAGGUACCCUAACUAUGGAGAUUAAUGUCCUAACUAUGCAGCCUAAUGCCCUAACAGGUGCCCUAAUCAUGGAGCCUAAUGUCUUAAUAGGUGCCCUAUCUAUGGAGCCUAAUGCCCUUACAGGUGCCCUAAUCAUGUAG